AACACAGUUUAGUUGGUCAAGUAUCCCAGGUUUGACAACUUUAUUUUAGUAGUUGGUAAGCGUUUAUUUUGUGAGAAAAGCUGUGAGGGGAAAGUUCACACUGAGGAAAGCAACUGUGUGAAUUUCAAGGAAGUAACAGCAGAGAUGGCACCUUUGAUGUUUAAAAAUGCUUUCUGGGGGACUGAUUUUACUUGUCAUGCCGGGUAUGAUGCUGUAAUCCAGAGGUUACGAGAUGGAAGGCAAAUGUGCAAAGAUAUGGAGGAACUUUUAAAGAUGAGGGCACUAGCAGAGGAGAAGUAUGGGAAGGAACUGGUGACUAUUGCUCGUAAAGCUGGAGGACACACAGAGAUCAGCACUUUGAGAGCAUCCUUCGAACAAUUAAAAACACAAAUCGAGAACAUCGGGAACUUUCACAUCCAACUCUCUGAUGUAUUGAAAGAGGAGGUGAAAAAGAUUGAGACAUUCAGAGACCGUCAGAAAGAGCAAAGGAAGAAGUUUGAAAGCAUCAUGGAGAAAGUUCAGAAGAAAAAGGUUUCUUUGUUCAAGAAAACCAUGGAGUCUAAGAGGAACUACGAGCUGAAGUGUAGGGAAGCGGAUGAGGCAGAGCAGGGGGUCGAGAAGACAACUGCUGCCACCAAACACCCAGAAAAGGCGCGUCAAAGGGCCAAGCAAUGCAGACAGGCAGCCAGUGAUGCAGAGAAGCUGUACGUUACCAACAUUGCUCAGCUAGAAAGUGUUCGCCAGGACUGGGAAGAAACACACAAAAGCACAUGUGAGGUAUUCCAGCAACUAGAGGGAGAUCGCAUCAGCAUGCUCAGGUGUGCUCUCUGGGACCAUUGCAAUCAUUUCUCCACGCAGUGUGUCAAAGACGAUGAGUUUUAUGAGGAGGUGAGGAAGCUCCUGGAAGAGUGUGACAUCACCACAGACAUCAACUGCUUCAUAGAGAUGAAAAAGACGGGAGGGAAUCCACCAGAGCCCAUAGUGUUUGAGAGCUACUACCCAAAGGAGACAUCCGGGGACAGCAACGGUCAAGCUCAAUUUGCAGGAGGGAGAGAAGACAUAAUGAGGAGGCACUCUGAUCCCCUACUCGGAAGUUCUGGGAGGAUUAACACUGAAGGUCUCCAAAGCUCACGAUCAACACUGACAUCCACUGGCGAGUCUGAGCCUUCUGAUGGAGGGUAUGCACCCUUCCCGGGCCUCCAACAAGCAGCUUCACUGGCCACAGUUUCAGCUGAUGAAGACAGCUACGUUGUGCUCUAUACAUACAGUGCAAAGGAAGAGGAUGAACUGGAUAUAAUUAGGGGGGACCGGGUCCAAGUACUGGAUCGAGGAGAAGAUGGCUGGUGGACAGUGGAGAAGAACGGGCUGACUGGACUGGUGCCAGGAAACCAUCUGGGAAAACUCUGAUUACACACACACACAGAGAGAGAGAGAGAGAGAGAGAGAGAGAUAAAUGACAGAAAAAACAGAGUCACAGAGCAAUGCAUAUAUGCAUUCAUUUCAAAAGUUUAACAGCUGGCCACACAUAUACAGGCAAAUAUGCACCAUGUGUCAAACUUACAAAGACAUGAACUUCGUGCCACUUCACUCACAGAUUCAUACACACACACACUUCUUUGUCAAGCUUCCUUUAUUUAGAAUCUUAGAUAUAAGAUACAAGAAAAUAUUAGUUUUUCUGAACGUGAAUGUAAAUUUAGCAUAAUUUAGUAGAAAGUAGAGUUUUACAGCAAUCACAUACAAAUGUUAUGUAAUGUCUUCCUCAGACAUCCCUUAUUUAUUCACAUUGCUUUCGAUCAGCAGGAUUAUAUCUUGGUGGAUUAAUCACAAAAGGAUAUUAAAGUAUAACCCUUCUACCUCGUGUUGUACAGCUGGGAUUCUAAUAGUUUUUACUCCUAAUACUUACAAUAAUACACAGGACUAAAGACUGAAAUGCCAUCUGGUGUUGAAAAUUUGGAUCGAAAUUUUUUUAAUGACUUUAAUUACUUUGCUCUGUCAAUAUGUCAUAUUUUCAAUUUGAGUUUGAUGAACAAACAAGAAAAUUUGCACUUUACACUGGUAAUAUUAGAAAAACUAUUCCAGUCAAGCAAAGUUCUGCAUGACAACAAUUACAUCACGCUUUUAUUAAUCACCCGAACUUUGAUUAGUCAUCAUCAUAUCAUCAUGCUGGCUACUCUACUGACAGAGGUGACUAAUAAAUUGAUUUAUUUCCAGUUGUGUAAAAAACAAAACAGUGUUGAACAUAAUCACUGUAUUGGGUGUGAUAAAUUAGGAGUUACUAAUAAGUAAAGUGCAAAUGACAUAAAUAGCUAUUUAUUAGAUGAGUACCUACCUGUCUGUACAACAGCGAUCCCAGCAGUGUGGUAAAUUGCCUUGGAUCACUGCUGUUCAUUAUUUUUUUAUAAAUUAUAUUUUGCAUGUCUAAAUUAAUAGUACAACACUGAAUGUAUUAAGAUGCUUCAACAGUUCAGCUAGGAUUGGUGGCAUGUUGGGCUUUAAAAUGUGCUCCUGUUUUGGUUUUACACUUUGUCUCGGGUUAUGUCUGUAAUGUUUGAAUGUUCUUUGUGUGUUAUAAAAGAGAACAGACAGUUACUAUAUGUGCACUAUGUAAAUAUACAGUGUGUCGGCUGGGUUUUUUUAACCGCUAGAAGACCAUCGCCUACCAUGGUUGCAGUUAAUAUAGAUCAAAAUACAGAAAUAAAGUUUAUAUACCUGUCACAGUAUCAACUGAUGGCACAUAUUUUGUUUACACCAUAUG